AUGUUGACAGGCACAUUGGGGCCAAAUGCAAAUUAUCCUUGUCCCCACUGCAAGGUUCACACAAGUAAAUUAUCCUCCCUGACAGUCAAAUGGCCUGCCUGGACAUCAGAAGACAGUCACUCAACAUUCCAAUCUGCAAUGUCUGCCUCCACAAAGAAAAGGGCGACUGAAAUCCUCUCAAGUGCUGGCUUGGCUGGGGUUCCAAAUGCUUUCUGGGCUCUAGGGAGUGAUCCUCAUGCAAUGGUUUCAUAUGAUAAACUUCACUUCAAUGAUUUAGGCCUCUGGGGUGACCACAUUUGGCCAUUAUGCCAAGGAAUCAUUGAAGGAUAUCCAAAGUUUAUUAGAGCAAAAUUUGAGCAGUGGUGA